AUGGGUCGAAUCGCUGACAUUCUCCAGGAAGAAGGACAUGAUGUGACAGUCCUUCAUCCUGUUUGGAUGCCGAACUAUCUCGACGCUGUUUCUAAGUCAGCCAAACAGGUACUAUUCGAACUUCCAGAAAAAAUGAUUAGCGACUUUAAUCCGAAGAAUUUAAAAGUUUGGGAUAUGAAGAGCAGCGCGGUCGUGCGACAAAUCACUAUGUUGACCUCUUUCAUGGAACUACAAAUCCAAUCCUGUGAUUUACUUCUCGGCUACAACCAAACCAUCGACGCUCUGAAGAGCGAGAAUUUCGACGUCGGUAUCAGCGAGAUGAUUUCUAGCUGUGGAUUCGGAUUAUUUAAUAGGAUUGGACUUGACCAUAUGAUAGGUGCUUCAGCAAUAGGAAUGAUGGAUUCACUUGCAGAUUAUUUUGAUGUGCCAAGACUUCCAAGUUUUGUACCUUCAUAUCUAGCGCCAUUCACCGAUAAAAUGAACUUCUGGGAGCGUACCGUGAACUUCAUCGUCACCUACAUAUCGAAGAGUGUUUCGAUGCAUUUAAGAAGCAGAUUCAGGAAAAUGUGGUCACGCCAUGGUGUCACACAAAGGCCAGAGGACUACUACAGCAAAAUUAACUACUUGUUGACAAAUUCGGACGAGUUUCUGGAGUUCGCUCGUCCGACCACGGCUAAAGUCGUCCAUGUGGGAGGCAUUGCGCUUCCCGUGAAAGAGCCAUUAACAGCGGAUUUCCGGGAACUCUUAGAUCGUAAGGAUCGGACUGGAGCAGUGUACAUCUCGUUCGGAUCGGUUGUGCCCACCGCAGAGAUGCCCAGUUACUUCCGAGAAGCUAUUCUGCACGUAGCAAGAACGUUUCCACAGAUUACCUUUUUAUGGAAAUUGGAUCCAGGCGAUACCGUUCCCACGAUACCGAAUCUGCACACGUUCACCUGGUUGCCACAGCAAUCGCUUCUCGAACAUCCCAAUCUUCUGUGCUUCGUUUCACAUGCUGGAAUGAAUAGCGUACUUGAAGUGACAAGAAGUGGGAAACCGUCUAUACUUGUUCCUAUUUUUGGCGAUCAAAUGAGAAAUGCACGACUUGUGGAGGCGAAGAACACAACGAUCGUUAUCAUGAAAGAGGAUCUUAACAGCGAAACAUUCGUGACGGCUCUCCGCCAAAUUCUUUCCGAUGAUAGUUACGCGAUUCGAGCAAAGCGGUUAUCCUCAUUGAUGAUCAACAAACCGUUCUCAUUGAGGGAAAGAUUGUUGUCAACGGUAGAAUUCUCCACCAAACAUGGGAAAAUCGACGAAUUGGACGUCUACGGGAGGAAUCUGAACAUUCUACAGUAUUAUAGCGUUGAUGUGAUCGUAUUUCUUGCCAGUAUUGUUUUCAAGAAAUGCACCCACCGACUGUUUGGAGCGAUCGCACCAGAACAGGCAACGUUGGGCCCAGUUCGGAAAUGUUCUGCAACCAUCCACUGUUGGUACGCAGUGGAUCCACUAUCUCACGUCAUAUUCAGUGAAUUAUACGGGGCGUGA